AAACAGGGCUUUGGGUUUUUUCAGCGGUCUAUUAUGAAUCAGUUUGGUCAUCAGUAUACUGUCCAACCACCACCUACCUUUUAUACGAGUGAUAUGAAUUCAUUUGGAAAUGCUGUUCAAAGACCUGGACCCAGGCCUUAUAGUUUUGAAGUUCCACCUCAAGAUUUUCAGUCUACACCCCCUCUUCGGAGUGACAGUGGAUAUUCGCUUUGUCCAUCCCAGUAUUACAGCAGACCUGGGAUAAUGCCUUCCACAGACGAAACUUGUGUUAAUUUUUCAGAACAACUACCAAUAACCUCUGAAAUCAAUGAAAAUAGCAACGUAGUCCUUGACUAUCAGAAUCAGUUUAGUUUUCGUGUUCCUCCCGAGAUUCCUACCUGGAUGACCUUAAAUUCCUCAGCUAGUAACUUCUACACUGAUAUUCAAAAAUACACUUCACAACCUAAUCCAACACCCCAGUCGGUAUAUACUGGGAUUCCAGUUCAUUACAAUAGAACUCCUGAGAACUCUACGUUUCAAAAUCGUGGGCGUGUUAGAACUCCUGGUCCUUUCAAGGGAAAUAGAGGAAGUCUUCGAAAUCGCCCCAACCAAGGUACUCACACCGCUAAUACUGCCGGUACGACGACAACUACAAAAGAACCAUCCAUUUUUUACUGCGAUAUUUGCAAAGUUAGUUGUGCAGGUCCACUAGCCUUCAAAGACCAUGAAUCUGGUCAACGCCACAAAAAAAGAUUGUCCCAGGUUGAAGCGAUUGAAAAAUUAAAACAGGAAGUCUCUACCGAUGGAAGUUCAUCAUUAAUUAUUAACUCAGCUUCACGAGAAUUACGUUGUGAGCUUUGUGAUGUUGGUUGCACCGGUGCCGACUCUUAUACUGCCCAUUUAUCUGGUAGACAGCAUCAACGUACGCUCAAGUUACACAAGGAAUUGGGGAAACCAAUUCCAGAAACUGAUGAUCCCCUUGUACCAGCUAUUGUGGCAGAUAUGAUUGCCACUGCCGCUGACAAUGCUAAACCAGUUGAAGCGGAUGAAAAUAAAACAAAUCCUACGGAAAACACGUUUAUGAAACAUAUUGAUUUAAAACAACUUGCUGGUCCUGAACUACCUGCUGUUGGACAAGAGUAUUUAGAAACUAUUAUUAAUAGCAACAACAAAACUGUUAAAUAUCGUUGCAAGUUAUGUGAUUGUGAAUUUUCAAAUCCAGAUUCUCGUGAAUGUCAUUUACGUGGUCGUCGUCAUCGUCAACAGUACAAAAAGAAAGUCGAUCCAUCGUUUAUUGUCGAUCCAAAUCCAGGAAAUCAACUUCGUCGAAAAGUGAUAGCAGCUAAAGAAAAGAAGACGAGACGUAACGAACCAAAACAAAAUACUAGCAGUUUCCCCAGUUUCAGUACCUUGCGUAAUAGCAGUAUGACAGGAAAUUGUAUGAGUGGGAUCCCAUAUGACCGUUUUCCUGCACAAGUCCCUCGAAUAUACACGACUCAAACUCCUAAUAAAUCUCUAGAAAGCAGGUACAUCAGUUCUAAGCAUACAUCUUUGCUACCGACAGCUUGGGAAGUUCAGGCAAUGAUGUUGGCUGUAACGAUUUGUGAGCGCUCCUUGAAAGGCGUUAGUAACGACCUUUUAAAACAGGCGCGUUCAGCAUCAGAUCUUCCUGAUACCACCAUAUGUGCUAAAUCUUGUGAUGAUGAUAAUAAUCUGGAUGAAUUGGAAGAAAAAGUUGGUGAACGUCUGCUUUGUGGUGUUGUUCGUGUUGGUGCAUUGGGAAAAAAUGUACUCUUAAGGGGUGAACAUUCAGCAGAACUAGUUUUAAUAUGUUCUAAAUGGCCUACUAAAGAGUUAACAACUUAUGUAUCAACUAGUAUUACAAAAUUAAUGGAGUCACUGGAAUCCCGUCUUCAAUAUACUGUCACAGCAGAGCCUACUAUGGGAACAAUUACGGUCGUUGUGUCCUGUCCAGAUCCAUCCUUACUGAAUAAAAGUGACACCUGUGAAGUAAAUUUAAAACCUGCUUGCAAAGAAAACGAAUCUGCGAUAUGGCCUACUAUAACACUGGUAAUCAACUUAACUUCCCCGAUAGUAGUUCAAAAAAAUGAAGCCGCUCCUGAAGAUAAAAAUGAAGUCCCACCAGUUGUCCAACGUUUGAUCGUUGAUGGUCAUCCAAUUCCCAAAGAAAAGUGCAUCAAAUCCAUAGAUGCUCUUGAUCAUGCUUCAUGGUUUCAAGUAAGUGCUUCAGUAUUUCAGUUUGUCUGAAAAAGUAGUUACUUUUUCCAAGUUAUUUAGUACUUUUCUUUUAGAAGUAAAAUUUUAGAUGCUAUCAGUUUAACCUUGCAUAUCUCAACCUCUCUAUUAGUUCUAACAGCAUCUGAUAUCACAGUAUUCAUGAUCAAAUUCCGCUCUAACUUCCUAAUAUUUCUGAUGUGUCCAUGAUCAACCAUUCUCUUUGUCUUCAUACGCUACCAGUGCUGACCAUUCGAGUUCACCAAACGCUAUUCGUAGUCUCCUGAAACCACUCUCGAAACUAUAUGUUUGAACCUCAUGUCAAAUAAUACAAUAAGCUUUCUUAGCCAGAACCAUGUGAUCUCUCACUAUCUCUUUAUGUUGUUUCUCCAAAACACAUACAGGAUCACUCACUUUUCACUUAGUCUUUUUGAAGAUCUGGAGUGGUUGGACAAAAAGAAAUUUCAGAUGGUUUCUCUUUAAUGUUCUUAUGAUUAUUUUCAUAUCAUAUUUUGAUUUUAACCAUUUAUGUUUUCCAUUCAGCAUAUUGCGAGCGGAGGUCCGAUACUCUUAAUUAGUCGUAUUUUACGCGACUUUAUCCAAUCUAAUGAAUACUGGAUCGAAUUAAAUGAAUUUGAUGUUGAAGUACACUUAGAUCAUCUCUUAUCUUUAGAGUACAAUAUGGUUAUUCGUUCUGGUUUCACUUCCCUCCCAUCUCAGUGUGGGUCACCGAGAAAUAUGCUUUCUGUACCAAGUGACUUUUUCCAUCCUUGCAAAUUACUACGUAGAUUUUUUGAAUCAAUGGCAAAUGGAUAUUUGUUCUUUGCAAUAAAACAUUCAUCUAAUUCAAAUAACACUGAGGAUUCUCCUAGGGAGAAUAAUAUACCUGUGGCGUGUACAAAACCAUUUUAUGUUACAAUUUCUAAUGGAAUAUCAGAUGAAGUUUGUGAAAAAAUAACUGUUUCUGCCCAACAAAUAGUCAGACAAAUUGCUUUUAAUCAAUUAUACAAGGUUCUUGGUAUGGAACCUCUGGAUUUGCCUCACAACUCAGAUUUUGUCCAGUCAGGUGGUAAACAAGAACAAAAUCCCGAUGUUUCACAAGGUCAGGAUACUUCCGAAAUCGAAUGUUCAGCUGAUGAUAAGAAGCAACAAAAUAAUUCAUCUCUUAAUGUCAGUUCUGUAGCAAAUGGCAUGAAAACACAGGAAUUCGCGGCAGAAGCACUAAACGUUGAGUCAGAAUGCACUCCGGCCAAGCGAACUCGCCGCGCUACCGCCAACUCGAAAUCUUCCAUUUAAUUAUCUGCAUUUCAAUAUUACACGUCCAUUUAUUUGGUUCCACUGUCUUGAAGUUCUUUUAUAUCAUCCACAUGUUGUUCAUUCGUUCUUAAUCAAAUAUACAAUUUCCUAGUUAUUGUG